UUGCACCAGUGUCUUCUAGACCCAGUUGCUAUAUAGUAGGAGCCAACUCAUAUCGAUCGUCGCGUCAAACCUCUCCAUCGGUCGAUUCAGAGAGAGAUCGAGAUCAGCGUGAGAGAGAGAGAGAGAAUGAGCAGUACGAGUGGAUCUGCAUGGGAUCACAGCAACAAUGGAGGCGGCGGGUCGCCGGAGUUGAGGGAGGCGCUGCUGCUGGGUGACGGCGGGUCGUCGCCGGAGUCGAGGGAGAUUAAGGGGAUUGCUGUGAAGAAGCAGGAUGACCUGGAGGAGAUCCGGAGCGUGGGGGAGCUGAUGCGGCUGGCGGCGGAGGAGAACCGGCGGCUGUGGUACCUGGCCGGUCCGGCCAUCUUCACGUCGCUGGCGCAGUACUCGCUCGGCGCCGUCACGCAGGUGUUCGCCGGACACCUCACCACGCUCGAGCUCGACGCCGUCUCCACCGAGAACAUGGUCAUCGCCGGCCUCGCCUUCGGGAUCAUGUACGGGAUGGGGAGCGCGCUGGAGACGCUAUGCGGGCAAGCUUUUGGCGCGAAGCAGCAUCACAUGCUGGGCAUCUACUUGCAGCGCUCAUGGGUGAUCCUCACCGCCAUGAGCGUCAUCCUCCUCCCCAUCUACCUCUUCGCCACCCCGAUCCUCCGCUUCUUCCACCAGGACGACGAGAUCGCCGUCCUCGCCAGCCGCUUCUCCCUCUACAUGAUCCCCCAGCUCUUCGCCUACGCCCUCAACUUCCCCAUCCAGAAGUUCCUCCAGGCCCAGAGCAAGGUCAUGGCCAUGGCGGCCGUCUCCGCGGCGGUGCUGCUGUUCCACGUCGCGCUCACGUGGCUUCUCCUCGUGCCGCUCCGGAUGGGCCUCGUCGGCCUCGCCGUCGCGCUCAACGUGUCGUGGUGGCUCGUCGUGCUCGGCCAGCUCGCCUACAUCGUCAUGGGCUACUGCCCUGGAGCUUGGAACGGGUUCGACUGGCUCGCGUUCACCGACCUCCUCAGCUUCGCCCGCCUCUCCCUCGGCUCCGCCAUCAUGAUCUGCCUCGAGUUCUGGUUCUACAUGUUCCUCAUCGUCAUUGUCGGUAACCUCCCCAAUGCCCAGGUCGCCGUCGCCGCCGUCUCCAUCUGCACGAACCUGUUUGGGUGGCAGAUCAUGGUGUUCUUCGGGUUCAACGCGGCGAUCAGCGUGAGGGUGUCGAACGAGCUGGGCGCGGGGCGGCCGCGGGCGGCGAGGCUCGCGAUCGCGGUGGUGCUCGUGUCCUCGGUCGCCAUCGGCGUCGCCUUCUUCGCGGCGGUGCUGCUGCUCCGCGACGUGUACGGCGCGCCGUUCACGGGCAGCCCGGAGGUGGUGCGCGCGGUGGCGAGCCUGGGCGUGGUGUUCGCCUUCUCGCUCCUCCUCAACAGCGUCCAGCCGGUGCUCUCCGGCGUGGCCGUCGGCGCCGGGUGGCAGUGGCUGGUGGCGUACAUCAACCUGGGCUGCUACUACUGCGUCGGCAUCCCCGUCGGCUACGCCAUCGCGUUCCCGCUCCGCCGCGGCGUGCAGGGGAUGUGGGGCGGGAUGCUCACUGGCGUCGGGCUGCAGACGGCGAUCCUGGUGGCGAUCACGGCGCGCACCAACUGGAACAAGGAGGCCAGCGAGGCGCACGCCAGGAUCCAGCACUGGGGUGGCACGGCCAAGCUCGCCGUCGACGACCCCAUCUAGUUAAGCGACAGCGAGCUUCAUCAUCCAUCCAUGGCGUAAGAAUUUGUAAUGUACCUGCACAAUGCAAGUACAUGUACAUCCUGUUGUCGGAUUUGGUUUGAGAUUCGUGCGCGUAGCAUGGAUUGCAAUAAGAAAAUGCAGAUGUGUUGAUAUGUCGUGGUUUUGUGUAUCCGAGAAUGUCAAUCCACGAUGCAAUUAUGCAGUGUAUGUGCACCUUGUUGUUUGUUUGGAUUUGAUUGGAGAUUCGUGCGCGUGUAGAAUAGAUAAAUAUCAUGAAUAAAGCAUGAUAUUAUA